CGCAGCAGAAAUACGACCAUUCAUCUUCUGUAUUUUUGUUUAUGAUUUUGGUUUUUAAUUUAUUUGGGGGACGAGAAAUCGAGAACAACGCUUUCUUCUUAAAAACGUUAAUGCGACUUUGAGUUUGUACGCGAGCACUUGAGUCGGUGUUGGAUUGACGAUUGUCGAUCAAUUUCAGUCCGUAGUCACGGCGGAGGAGGAGGAGGAGGAGGCGGCGGCCAUGGAACAACUGUCAAUUGGAUCGCUGAAGAGAUUGGGGAAAGCGGCGAAGGAAUCUCAAACCGGAAGCGGUAGCGAUAUCUCAGGAAUCGAUGAUUUAGGAGAUGAUCUCCUGCUUAACGUUCUCCGCCGGCUUCCAGCGGUGUCUUUUGCGUCGGCGGCGUGUGUUAACCAUUCCUGGAAUUCGCUCUGCAACCGAAUCCUUUCUUCGCCUAAAUUCGCCUCAGCUAUAUCGUUUAACCCUUCUCUUGAGAAUGCUGUGGGUGAGGUUAUUGACAAGGUUUUAUCAGAACCUAUCCGACCUCAUUUUGCUUUGGCUUCUAUUGGUCCCUCUUCCAGCUUGGAAGCAGCUCUUGAACAGAUUGAUAGAAAAUUAGGAUCUAGGGUCCCUAUAAUUGUCAAUAUUGCUGAGGGAAUAAUUGGUCCAGACAUCAGUGACAAUCAUCCUGUCGAGGUACAAUGGGAACUAACAGAAGGGGAGGAGGAGGAUGGUUUGUUAUCACCUGAGGGUAAUGUGAAUCAGGGCAUCUUGUUGACAAUUGGAUAUUUACCAGGAUUAAAGACAUUUGUACUUCCUUUUCUAUUCCAGCACAAGGUGGGCCCUAAAGACUUUCAUGUUGAUGAAUUUGUUAUGGACAUAAAAAAGUACACAGCCGUCACCUCAGAUACUGAAUCCCCUGCCGGAAUGAUACUGUUUGCUGAUCAGGAAACAGACCUCAAAUCUUUUCUUCAAAAAUUUGAAUAUGCCUUUCCAAAGGAGACUUUCAUUGUGGGUGAUGGAGGCAGUCGAUUUUUAUAUAAAAAUGAUAUAACAACUGUUACCAGGUCAGAUGAUUCCACUUGUGCUGCUGUUGCAUUAGUCUUUUCAAAGGACAGGAGAAAGCCUUUAGGUAUUGGGGAAAGUGAGUUUCAUGUCAUGUUGUCAACUGGAAUAUCGCCCAUUGGUGGUAUCUACAAAGCAGUGUCUGUUAAAUGUAGAAACCACGGAACUUGGCUCACUGCAGCUAGAGAAACAGACCGUUUGCAGCUGGAUGGCCAAACUAUAUUGGAUGAGAUAUAUGACAAGCUAGGAGAUCAUAUUCAGUAUCCCGCUUUCUACAUUGGGGUGACAAAAAGAAGACGAUGCUCAGUUGGGAAGGGAAGAGUCAAAAGGAUGGAAUUUCAUGAAUUCCACCACGUUGACGAUGCGAAUGAGGAGUACCUCAUUGUCAGCUCCACCGGAAUUCAAACAGGAGACCGGUUCCGCUUCUACGUCUCCGACUCCAAGGCAGCUCUGUCAUCCAGCAAGAAAGUUACCGAUAGCCUCGCCUACUUGAAGCAAGAUUGCGACUCGAAGAACGACCAUGCAGAUGCAAGCAGCAGUCAUUGCGGGAAACGACAAGUCUUUGGUGGCAUGAUCUUCUCCUGCUGCGGCCGUGGCACCUCCUUUUUCGCCCAUCCUGGUAUCGAUAGCUCCCCUUUCUCGACUAACUUUCCUGGCAUCCCUUUCGGAGGAACAUACUGUGCAGGUGAAAUUGCGCGCAGCUUGUUUAGCUCGUACAGCAGCGAAGACGAUCGAGAAGGAUGCCUUGUUCACUGCAAUCAGCAUGUUUUCAGCACGGUUUAUCUUGUCAUGUCGUAUCACCUGCCUGCGCCAUGAUGUACGGUACGCAGCCGCCGCCAUAAUUUCUGCUUUUUUAGUGAAUGUUUAUGGUUAUGGUUAUGGUUAUGGUUAUAGGGCUCUUAUUAGAUGAAAUGCUGUGUUGUUGAUAUGUUUUAUGGCUCUGGGGAUUUGUUGAUAUUUAACUAACUGCGUGAAGUAGUUAUUAUUAUUAGUGUUCAUGUUUUUGUCCAAAAAUCGAAUUUGUUUUGGUUGUUUUUGUGUUCUUAUGUACUUAAAAGAAUUCUUUAAUGAUCAUUCUUGCAAGCA